CUUAACUCCACAUCCGGGAAGUUUUCAUAUCAACAUGGCUGCCAUGAGCAUGGCUGACGAAAUUCAAACAACGCACGUUGUUGAGGACAAAAACGAGUCUGAAUUGAACACUCUGCCGAGAAUUCCCGUCGAAGGAACAGUCGUUCAAGAACCUCCAAUAGGCUCUCCACCGACGAGUCCAGAAAUUGGGAAGAGAAGGCGCGUGCAUCAUGACUAUCGAAGGCUUUCGAGUUCGGGAUAUUUGGAAGAGAUGUACAGCGGCUACAGGCAGCGUUAUUCAAGCACGAGCGAGUCGGAUGUGUCGCCCAGUCCGGGUUCGGUGAAGAUUACCAGGCGAACGCGGUCCUACUCACCGGGCCGGGCCUCCGAUGACAUUGACAAUCCGCCUAUCAACGGUAACUCACCUGCAGCUGUUCCUGUUAUAACACCAUCAUUAGGCCUAUCAACAAAUACGACAAACAUGACAAACAUGACAGGCGAUGGCCAACAAAAUGGCAAUAUGUGCAUCUCGCCGCGAAUCGUCAAAAAGGUUGGCUGCCCAAAACUGAAAUUGCACAUCAAGAAAGUGGAUUAUGAGCGGAAGCCUAAAAAGCACAAGCGCCACCACCACCAUCACCACCACCACCAUCACCACCAUCGCGAGAAGGCCAGCCAUGUGCCAGUAUCAGAUGUUCACAUUGAUACCCCGCCAACCUUACGGAGAGUGUCCGACAUCUCUGACAGAGACAGGCUACUGAAAAAAUGCGGCUCAGGAGAAAUUGAGAAAGAGGGCGAAUUCAGCAGGUAUAUUCACGUCGAGCAUCAACCCAAUGGUGGUGCCUCGGUGCUGCAUGUUUACUCAGAGGAAAUCGCGCAUCUCCACGACGAAGAAAUGCAGCGCUUCGUCAAGGAGUUCUUUGACAAUGUGUACGGCGAGAACAAACCUGGUGUUGCCAACCACGUCAUGGGGAUUGUCCAUGGUGCCGCGGCGUACCUUCCGGAUCUUAUAGACUACUUCGCCAUGAACCAUCCCAACAUGUCGGUCAAGAGCCAGCUCAUGGGAAAGUCGGACCUUCUGACUACGACCAUGCCCGAGUUUCGCAAAGACGUCCGGCGGACAUAUCGGUGCGGGACCUACCGGUCAGGUCCGCUACUCCAAGUGAGCCUGGUAGGAACUGUCAACGAAGAAGUCGGGGAUUACUUUGAGGAGUUUGUGGACAUGUUGGAGCAGGACCCGUUCUUGAAGUAUGUCAUGCCUUGGGGACCAAUAUCUGUCCUUAAGAUGGAGAAACGGACAGAGAGCAAUGACGGACCAAUCUUGUGGAUAAGGCCAGGAGAACAGAUGGUUCCAACUGCUGACAUGCCAAAAUCUCCCAUGAAGAAAAGAAGAGCUGCUGUCAACGAGCUACGAAACCUACAGUACCUGCCCAGGGCGUCAGAACCACGAGAGAUGUUGGUUGAAGACAGGACACGAUGUCACGCUGAUCACGUCGGUCAGGGAUUUGAUCGCAUGACAACAGCUGCCGUGGGAGUGCUCAAAGCAGUGCAUGCUGGGGAUGAAGGUGGUCCUGAUCGGGAAGUGAAAGAUGUAGUAGCGUUCUCUGCUGCGAACUUCUUUGAUGUCGUCGAGGGUCUCCAACUUGACUUGCAUGAGCCACCUGUCUCACAGUGUAUUCAGUGGAUUGAGGAUGCUAAGCUGAAUCAGCUACGACGGGAUGGCAUCCGCUACGCCCGCAUCAAACUCCGCGACAACGACCUCUACUUCAUCCCGCGCAACGUCGUUCACCAGUUCAAGACCACGUCGGCCUGUGUGAGCAUCGCUUGGCACAUGAGGCACAAGAUGUAUUACCCAGAUCAGGAGAAGAACACAGAGGACGUCAAGGAGGAGGAGGAAGCGGAAAAGGGGGAGGCGGAGACAGGAAUAAAAGCGGAAACAGGAAAAGAGGCGGAACAGGAGACGGAGCCCAAAAGUCAGGAGGUGUUUGAACCUGAAGUUAAGAUGGAGACAGAGUCGUAGUACACAGUAAGUCUGACAUCAGUGGAUGUCUUGCCUGUACUCACCAUGCUGUCCAGGAUGCUAGCGAAGAUCAAUCUCUUUCACAAGAUGUUGUGAAGGAAAUGGGAAGCAUUGUGGGAAGCGUCCCUGUACACCCAUCUUUCAAAAUUUACUUUAUGGUUUUGUUGUUAUUUAAGAAAUAUUUAGACGGACACUUUUUGGGGGACAUACCGUACAUUUGGAAUUUGUUCUCCCAAUGCAGCUGCUCCCUGGUUAGGUCUAGGCUAUAAAUCAAAUCAAGUCUGUGGAACUUUGGCACUUGGACCCUAGAAACUGUGCAUACCUCCAUUACGGCUGCAUUGCCUGAAUACGGGGCGUGUGAGGUAUGCACUCUUGGGUCCGGAUGCCAAAGUUCCCAAGACUGGGUUUGAUUCAUCUUGUUGAUGGAGCCCUCUACCACCAUGGCAGCUUGACUGCAGUGCCAGUCAGCGUCAGUGCCUGGGACUGGCUGAAUAAGAGAAGGCAAAAUACAAAUCCAGUCUGAAUAAUGAAACAAGCGGUAACUUGAGGUUGAAACCCGAGGUACCCCGUAAAACCCUGUUAAACCUCAUAAAACCUUGAAGUAGACCUUGAGUUCCCAGCUGUUUAAUUGUGACUAUGGAUAAUGAAACAAGCGGUAACUUGAGGUUGAAACCCGAGGUACCCCGUAAAACCAUGUUCAACCUCAUAAAACCUUGAGGUAAACCUUGAGUUCCCAGAUGUUUAAUUGUGACUAUGGAAAAUUAAACAACGGUAACUUGAGGUUGAAACCCGAGGUACCCCGUAAAACCCUGUUAAACCUCAUAAAACCUUGAGGUAGACCUUGAGUUCCCAGCUAUUUAAUUGUGACUAUGGAAAAUUAAACAAGCGGUAACUUGAGGUUGAAACCCGAGGUACCCCGUAAAACCAUGUUCAACCUCAUAAACCUUGAGGUAAACCUUGAGUUCCCAGAUGUUUAAUUGUGACUAUGGAAAAUGAAACAAGCAGUAACUUGAGGUUGAAACCCGAGGUACCCCGUAAAACCAUGUUCAACCUCAUAAAACCUUGAGGUAAACCUUGAGUUCCCAGAUGUUUAAUUGUGACUAUGGAAAAUUAAACAAGCGGUAACUUGCGGUUGAAACCCGAGAACUUUAGGUUCAUAUCUUCAGUCAUCUUCAGGCAGUCCUUUGUUGGUUUUUGUAGUUUCUAUUUUCUGUGGUUUGGGUGAAAAGGUAAAUUUGUCUCAUGACAGUGAGGAAAGACUUCCAUCAUGUCUAAACCCUUACCUUACCAACUCCAUCAAAAUCAACCCCCUUCCCCCAUGUUGGGGGACUUUGGCAGAUAAGCCAUGUGUACCAAGCCCAUAAAAAAGUCCACCAGCACCAGAGGUGGAUUUCAACGGAUUUGGUCCUGAAGCAGUAUGUUAAGCGUAGUGAGUGAUGAAUGUUCACCGACAUGAUCGAAAAACUUAGUAAAACUUAGUAGGGAGUUUAUAGGGUUAACGAAAAAAGCAAAUGCCAAAGCUUUAUUGAACAUCGUUCUUGGAACAAACUGUAACCGAGACUGGUCCUCAGCAAGUCCAUACUCGUUUGGUAGUUUUAAUGUGUACAUAUACACAUCAAGUCAGGGUAUCAGAUAGUUUGGCAUUAUCGUGAACACAUUCAGGUUGUACACAUGCCUCAUCCAAUGACAUGAAAUUACACCCAAAUUUAAAGUUCUCGCUGUUGUUGUCAGAUGGCAAUAUUUGAGGUCCACAUUUGAGACUACAGGUCACAGAUGUAUUAUUUUAGCCAUUUUCAGAAGAUAUUCAAGUUCAAUUUUGAAUGUACAUUUUUCUAAUUGUCAUUCCACCUGUACAUUGUAGAGAUAGAAUGUUUUUACCAUCACAAUGGCCUUUACUAUUUAUUGUAGACAAAAUUUGUAAAUAAUGUCUUUUUCAGGAAAACUAUUUAUUACAUGUAGAUCUGUCAUAAUGCAAACAUUGAGAUUAUUUUAAUACAUGUACGUUCACAAUGUUGUCGAUCAUCAUGUGGCUUGUAUUAGUUUUGAGUUACAUUGUAAUACAUGUGUAAUGAUUUUUUCCCAAGUCUAUCUUGGAUUCUUUUAGAUAAUAGAGUUUGAAAGAGCUAAAUCUUGAAGUGUUUUCUUUUGUUUAUGUGCACGAUGCAAUGAACAGUGACAUUUUUACAUGUAAAAGAUUGUGGUUUAAAACAACCAAGUACGGUAGUUGAAGAAUAAGAAUAAUGAAAAGCGAAGCCACCUCACACUUAAAAAAUAAUGCUGGAUGAGAUGUUGUAUUCAAAUUGGAAAGGGCGAUAGUAUAAAUGUUAUGUCACCAUUAGGCUCCAAAACCACAUCCGAACCCUAGUGGGAUCGUACACAGAUUGACUAGCAAGAUUUUUUGUCACUGCAUAUAAAAACUUUGUAAAGUACAUCCAGUUAUUCGGGAUGACAACGUACAAACUUUUAAUGAGUUACAGUGAAUUCAGUGGGUUGAGGAUGCCAAGCAUGAAUCAGCUACGACUGGCUGGCAUCCGCUACGCCCGCAUCAACCAUUUUGACUAUGUAGUGUCCCCCUCAACCACCCAAGAGUGAA